AUGGCUAAUCCAAAUGCUGCUGCGAAUGGUGAACAGGCCGUCGCGCCUCCGCUUACUAUGCAACAGUUUAUCGAAUUAGGAAAGUUACCAGAUUUUUUGCGUGACCUACAAUCGUUUGACGGUCGACCGACAGAAUUAAUAAAUUGGUUAGCCGACGUCCAAGGUGUCAUAGAUAUGUAUCGCGAGAAUGGUGCUACCGAUGCACAGCUCGAGCUUAUCGGACGAUCUCUUCUCCAUUCCCUCAUUUUAUUUUUCAGAGUUUUCAUAUUCCUAAGCAUUGUUAUAAGUAGUAGAGUAGAUAUUAGCCGAAUCGAUCACUUGCCAGUUGUAAUAUUUCACUCCGGUUCAGCAAGGAUACAGUUAUCAUCCUAUUAUUACAUUCACCAUUUUAACAUUACCUCUUUAGGAAAUCAUGUAGCAAAUCUCAGAGUCCAAUUUGAACAAUUAAAAUACAACCAGUUUACAGAACUAAUUCUCCAAAAAUUCGAUGAGAUUCAUCGAACACUCAAAAAUAUGUCUCCUUCAAGAAGACAGAAACGUUGGAACAGCCUAGGUACGGGAUGGAAAUUUAUUGCCGGUAGCCCGGACGCGAAUGAUUUAAAGAUCAUAAAUUCUUCGAUAAACCAACUUAUCUUUAAUAAUAAUGAACAGAUUAGAAUAAACAGAGCACUUAAUCUGCAAAUGAAGGAAUUAGUUUUCAAAACAAAGGAUGCCAUAGAUCUCUCAAAUUCCAAAUCUUCGGAAAUCUAUUCGAUUAACAUUUUCCUUAACUUAAAGUAUCUAGCAGAAAAAUUAGCACACAUUGUCGAUAGUAUAACUCUUGCCAAAUUAGGAAUUUUAAACGAAAAAAUACUUAGUCAAAAUGAAAUAGAUGUUUUGUAUCAAGAUUUAUCAAAACAAAAUAUUACACUUCAUAACGUCUUGGAAGCACUGAGUUUUGCAGAUACAACGAUCGCAACCAACACCAAGGAAUUGGCCCUUCUAAUAAAAACACCCAUCUUAGACAAGAGGAUUUUCAACAAGAUUCACGUCUACCCUAUAACAUCUAAUCAUAAACAAAUACACUUGGCAAAAAGGAAUUAUUUGAAUCAUCAUACGGGUAACUACAUCGUAAAUUCAUUGGAAUCGUUCAUAUACAAAGUCCAUGAGACGGAAUUCGAUGACUCCAGAUGUGUUCCAAAUCUUCUCUCUGAACAACAAGCUAGUUGCAACUACACCAUGAACCCAUCUGAUGAGGAAGUUAUCCCUAUAAACGACGGAAACAUUAUCCUGAAUACAAACCAAAACGUUUCUUUUUCAUCGAAUUGUGGAAUCAGAAAUCGUGCUUUAACGGGAACAUUUCUUAUAUCAUUUCACGACUGCGAAGUAACGAUCAACAACAUCAGCUAUUCAAACACAAUUCAGAAUAUGGCUGAAAGCCCAAUUCAGCUGCCUUUGGACGGAAUAUCAAUACAGAAACAGUUUACAAUAGCAAACCUAAGUUUGGAGCAUUUGCACAGCCUACAUCUGGAGAUGAGAAAGGAGAUGGAUUAUAUUCGAUUGAACAACACUAGCUUCAGUAUCAAGUGGCCCUCUUGGCCCGUUUUCGGGGGAAUCGUUUCGUUUCCCUGCAUGAUAAUCGGCAUUGCAGAUUUUUUUAAAGUUUUCUCCCACAGAUCAGCCACUGUAAAGAUACAAGCAUCUAAUGCCAUAGCCACACAGGAACCAGUGGUAGACAUUCAACCCAGGAUCAGACCUUUGACUCUAAUGGAAGUGAUUCGAACGGAACCUCAUCUCUCAGGAAGGGACGAGUUAGCAACUGUUGAGAACCACUGGAUUGGCUCUCAUGCUCUCGUCGUUCUGCGUGCUCGCCGAUAGCAUUUCGU